AUGGUGUGGCUGCCUCUCUGCUGGCUGUGCAUUCUGGGGACCCUGGCAGGGCUCUCAGCUAUCCCAGCCUCCAAGAGCUGUCCAGAGAGGCUCUACCGGGCACAGGCAGGACUGUGCUGCCAGAUGUGUCGGCCAGGAACAUUCCGAGUGAAGGACUGUGACCGGGAUGGGAAAGCUGCUCAGUGUGAUCCGUGUAUACCAGGGAUCUCCUUCUCUCCAGACCACCACGCUCGGCCCCAUUGUGAAAACUGUCGGCACUGUAACUCUGGUCUUCUCAUUCGAAACUGUACCAUCACUGCCAAUGCUGAGUGUGCCUGUCCCAAUGGCUGGCAGUGCAGAGACAAAGAGUGCACUGAGUGUGAUCCUCCUCCAGGCCCCCAGCUGACCACUUGGCCAUCUCAGGCCCUGGACACAUACCCUCAACCCACCCACUUACCUUAUGCCAAAAAGAAGCCAGAGGCCAGGACUUCAGCUGACUUCAGGCAUCUGCCUGUCCCUGCUCCCUCCACCCACUGGCCACCCCAUAGAUCUCUGUGCAGCCCAGCGUGUAUCCGCAUCGUUAUGAUCCUCGCUGGAAUGUUUCUUGCUUUCAUCCUGGGUGGAGCCCUCUUCCUCCAUCAGCAAAGAAAAUAUGGAUCAAACAAAGGAGAAAGUCUAGAGGAGCCAGCAGAGCCUUGUCAGUACAGCUGUCCCAGGGAGGAAGAGGGCUGCGCCAUCCCCAUUCAGGAGGAUUACCGAAAACCAGAGCCUGCUUCCUGCCCCUGAGCCAGAGCCAGGUGCAGAGGCAUCCUCACUGCUAUGGAGCCUGGGCCCCGGUCCACCCCACCAGCCUUCAGGAGGGAGAGACCUGGCAGCCUCACCAGCAGUCCAGUCCUGUGGACAGACUUGACAGAGUGCCUUUUUGGAGACUGACAGGGACAAGAACAAAUAGGAAUGAGGUGGAGGGUGGGAAGUAGGAGCCCUGGGUGUGCACGUGUUUGUACGCUGCAGGAGGCCCUGGGCUGCUGUGUAAACACACUUCCUGCUACGAAAGUCCUACAUGCUAUUAUCGCUGACCUACAAAAUCAACAAAAUAAAGUGACAGAGGACCACUCAGCAGCUUCAUCUCUGAAAUUCCAGUCUCUAUCUCCCAGAGCCCAGUGCAGCAGCAGGGCAGUGGCGGCCAGUGGACGUGGUCUUGGACUGCUUCC